AAGCGCAGCUACCAAAUCUAUAAUGGCCAGGAUCAGGAGGACGCGCCGCCGCUCGCAGUCGCCCGCGGAGGCUGGCGGCAAGGACCGCCUCAGCGCGCUGCCGGACGACCUGCUCCGCCUCAUCCUGUGCCACCUCGACACCCGCACGGCGCUCUCCACCGCUGUCCUCGCCAGGCGCUGGGCGCACCUCUCACGCGAGCUUCCGGCCCUCGAGUUCACCGUCUUCGACGUACUCCCGACGCGCUACCUCCGGACCGUCAACCUCCGCCGCCGAGCCCGGGCGCGUGGCGUGGACGUGGACAAGUUCGAUGCCGUCCUCACGCGCUGCGAGCUGCGCGCCACGCGCGCGUUCAUCGACAGCAUCAACAGCUUGUUGAAAGCAGAUGGCAGUAGCGACGGCGACGGCCACGGUGGUCGCAACUCUCGCCGACGCGCCAAGAGCCUCCGGCUCGUAUUCUUUCCGACGGACGAGGCCGGCUGCGUUGACAUGAUGAUUGCCACCGCCGUCGGCGAGUGGGGAGUGGAAGACCUCGAGGUUGCCGUCUGCAGGACGGCGCCCCGCGAUCACCCGCCGCCUGCAUACAGCUUCCCAGACCAUCUUCUCGACGACGAGCGCCACCGUUCGCGCCUGCGAGCCCUGUUACUGGGCAACUGCGAGCUGCCGCCGCUGCACCGGUACGGCGCACUCCAGGAGCUCGUCCUGCAAUACAUGGCGGCGUCCACUCCCAUGUCCUCUUACGACACGGUGUUCAACCUCUGCGGGCUCCAGGUGCUACACCUCAUAUGUUGCCGCGGCACAAGUGACAUCCUGGUGGUCAGCGCGCCGGGCUCGGGACUCAGGGAGCUCGUCGUGGAAAGCUGCUCGUUCCAGACGAUCGAGCUGCGCGCCCUCCCCGAGCUCGGCUGGUUCGCGUGCCUGGGCAGCACGGUGGAGCUCCAGUUCGGUGCCGUCCCGCGCCUCACGCACGUCAACCUCAGGUUCUCCUGCAGCGCGCGCGACCCUGCCUACGACCCACCCCACCACGUGCUCGGGUUUCUCCUCGGAGACGCGCCGGCCGCGAUGACGAGCCUCGUGGUCCGGUUCACUGGACCAAGGAGAUGGAUCGUGCCGCGACCCCUGGACAACACGCUGCACGGCCUGAGGGAGCUCCUCGUCGCCGACGUACCGUCGUCGUGGGACGUCUCAUGGCCGCGCCUCCUCCUUGAGGCCGCGCCGGCGCUCGAGGUCCUGUAUAUCCACGUGGCUCCCUUGGAAGAGCAUCAGAAGCCUGGGUGCGACAUACAAUGGCAGUCAUCAAAGUUCCGGCACAGCAAGCUGAGGGAUCUGUUCAUGGUUGGGUUCACGCAGGCAUGGCGCCAGAUACGCUUUCUGAGGUAUCUCGUGAAGGUGUGCGAACCAUUGGAACAAGUUUUUCUCUUGAGGGAUUGGCACAUUGAAGACCAUGGAUUCUGGGACUGGAGGGUGGUCAAACAACGAGAAUACUCGUGGAGUGAAGUAGAUCAAAAGGUGGUUGAGAGACAGAUUAAGUAUGGGAGAUCUGGGUCCAAGCCUCACGUUAAUGUGUUCUUGGAAUAAUGUAUUUCUUCCCGAAUAUACGUAGCUGCUCUUAGAAUAAUUGAAUUUCCCACCCGCCGGUAGAUUUUUACAGCGUCGCGUCUUCCUUAGACUCUAGCACCAUUUCGUCCUCGCUCAAGCAAAAGCAAAGAGCACACAUAUCGCCACAGCCUCCACCAGUUAAAAUCUAAGACGAGUUGCCCACUGCAUGUCCCCUUACUGCAUGUCCCCUUAAUGAAUGCUCGCUCUUUUUUCCCCAUAGAAAAAGGAGAUGCAAC